AUGAAAUUCAAAUGUANAAAAUUGAAUAAGACAUAAAAUGAAAUCUAUAAGAAUUACAUUGCAAAAAGAGAUUCUAAUGGAUCAAAAACCUAUAGAGACUCAAGUAAAUACAGCCUCUCUACUUAGGGGAUUUGGAUAUCCGUAUCAAGUUGAAUAACAAAAGUACUUCAACCCAAUAAGCCUUACUCUAAACAUUAAUCAAUAAAAGUAAUGAAAAAAAAUCAGUUGAACCAGAAGAUUCUCCAAAUUUAUGUAGUACACCAUAACUUACAAUGCUACAAUCUGUAAUCUAAAAUAGUCUACUUUUACGCUCAGGUAGCCAAGGAAAUGUUGCUUGCACUUCUAAAUUAAACACUAAAUUAUCAGAAUCUAAACUUUAUAAAAUAAAAAACUAUCUUGAAUAAGCUAAAACUCAUCGGCCAAUUACUGAUUCUUAUAAAUUAAGUUAAGAAAUUAAUCAAAUUAAAAAAACCAAACUAGUCACAGUUGAAAGAAAUAAGCUUCUAUCCAUCUUAAAAAUAGCCCUUAGAGCUAAGACUAAAAUAGAUCAAUUUAAUGAAUAUUUAAAAUAAUAAGAAAAAAUUUCAUCUGUAAUAUAGAGUUUAAAUUUGAAUGAAUGUAUUUAUUCUGUUUUAAGUUAGUAUCAUCUGAAAAUAGUGUUGAAUCAAUCUUAUCUUUAGAAUGA